GUUCCAGUCUUUCGUUGUGGAGUUGCAACUGAAAAAAAUGCGCUUACAAUGGAUUGCCAGUAUUGUGACAUUUUGCGUGGCAAUGAGCUCACAUGCAGUUCCUACGGUACUUCAGAACGCAGAGGCGGCUCUUCCAUCAAUUGGUGAAUCGUGUUCAGAUCGAAAUUUUUGUGAAUGGCUCGUCCUGGAACUCGCAAGCAAUUUCUCCUCCUUCUACUUUCAGAAACGGGCUGAGUACAAAACCAUUGACGUAACUACUUCACCGUUAAGCGUUUUCAUCCCUCUGUCAAUGCUGUCUUAUGGAGCUCGAGGCGAAACCAGAGCGAUGUUCCUGGACGCGAUUGGCCUUCCGGAAAAUAAAACUCAAAUGGCUAAAGUUGGUUAUGCGAUCUUCAUGAACGAAUUGGCGAAAUACGAUGUUAGAAUAAAAACAAAAAUCUUCGUUCCUUCCGGUGUCAAAUUGAAACCAGAUUUCGUCGAUUUGUGCACAAAAGUUUUCAAUUCGGAGAUCGAGUCCGUUGCUGUCACUGAUGGAUCCAUCGACAACAAUCGAAUCGACGAAUUUUUCGUCGCUGAAACGAACAAUAAUGUGAAAUCUUUGUUAAAACGACAAGAAAUUGCUCGCGAUCCGAGUAUCGUUCUCGUCAACACGGUCUACUUCAAGGGAGUUUGGAAGACAGCGUUCGACAGCUCGCUCACUCAACUGCGUCCGUUCUAUCUGGGUAACGAGUAUGAAAAAAAUGUACUGACUAUGGCCACGAUUGGUCGUUUUCGGCACGGUCGACUCGAUGAUUUCAAUGCAGAUUUCAUUGAUCUUCCCUAUAAGAGCAAUGGAGAAGGCGGUGCGAUGAGCAUGUUCGUCAUACUUCCAGACGUGAGUGAAGAUCCUACGGACUGGUUGUAUUUGAUCCAUAAACUUCGGAACAUGAAGUUGACCAGGCUUCUCAACAGUACGGAGGAGGAACUCGAGGUCCAUUUGCCGAAAUUCAAAAUCGAAACGGAGCAGUCCCUCAACAGCACGCUCAUCGACAUUUUGAAUCCUGAUUUAUCUCUAACCGAAAACCACGUCAAUACUCGUCCCGAUGUCAAUGAAAUGCGCGUAAGUUUCUGGUCUUCCUUCGGUGGAAUCAGUCCUCAAAAGAUAGAGAAAUAUCAGAACCCUGAGACUGGCGAUUUUUCCGGAAUUUCCGAGUCCCUCAAACAGUUGAAUCUCGGUGAAUCCAUGACGAAGAUUGUCCUCGAAGUCGAUGAGAAAGGCGAGCAAGCGGCUGAAUCCAGUGGAAUAUUUUAUAAAACUGCUGAAACUACACUUGCGGAUCGAAAGACUCGAUCGGUUGUACAAAGUCCCAAGCAGUUCAAGGUGAAUCGCCCUUUUUAUGCGAUGAUUGUGACCAAGGGGGAGGUUCUUAUCAACAUAUUUUCAAUGUUUGUCCCUGGCACAAAUUUCUUACGAAAAGGUGUGUACAUGACAUACCUUUUGGUUCCCUGGAUCCAAACAACGUUUUAUACUUUAAGCUCUGAUGGUAAGAAAAUAUUGGUAUCCACUAACUUAUGAUAAAAUGAAAUAUCGUGUUCGUUAAAUCAGACCUCAAUGUUCCAACUUUGUUAGAUCUUGUGAGUAUAUGGAAUACUAGACGUCAGAAAAUUAUUAUCUUUUGCUCGAAAUUUCAGUCGUUCAUCCUUAGAGAUUUUCCUUUUGGAGUGGGUGUUUUUUAUUGACGUCUUAAACGUAAUAAGAAUAAUGAAAAUAAUA